AUGACCAGCUUACGAACGUUCCAAACUGAGAUUGACCAAAUACACAACCGCGAGGUCGCGAAGCAGCGCGCGUUCGCGGUCGCUGAACGGGCCAAGGACGUCAAGAAGACCCCCGCGAAGGGCCACGCGCGCAAGGAGAGCACGGAGGUCGUUGAUCCGCCGAAGAGUGCGGGGAAGGAGCCAAUAGCGGCCCCUCCAGCUUCCGGGGAAGAGGAUGUCGCGUUGUCAGAUAUCGAUGAGCGGUUACAGCCUCUACUGCUGUCGCGAUUACCGGAGAAGCUCGAGCAGGCGAGGAACCUGAUUGCCUCAUUACUUACCCGAACGCGCGGGGAGUACGUCUUCCGAAUAGGUUCCCAUCCUCCCGAGGCCAGGCUAUUUUCGGGGAGAGCGUUGAACGAGGGUGAUGGUUGGGUGGGAACGCCUCGUACAGUCAGCGAGCUCGACACUAUCGUCGAGGAGACGAAGAAGGCUGUGGACGAGACCUCAAUACUUUUUGAUAGCAGACCGGAACACCCCCGAGCAGCAUUGCUCUUACGAUUACCACCGCCCGACGUUUCCACUACGCCGGAAGUUCGCUGUGCAGUAGUAGGUAACGUCGACAGCGGCAAGUCGACCACAUUAGGCGUAUUAACACGAGGUAGCCCAUUAGACGACGGUCGUGGACGUGCGCGAGUCAGCUUAUUCCGACAUAAGCAUGAAAUCGAGAGCGGGCGCACUUCCAGUGUCGGCAUGGAGAUCCUUGGGUUCGGCCCCACAGGGAAGCCUAUAUUGCCCCCGGCAGCUAACUCCAACGACCCGGAAACUAUUCGUCGCGAGAAGAUGGGCUGGGAGGAGAUCUCCAGACAGGCGUCGAAGAUCAUCUCGUUCAGCGACUUGGCUGGGCACGAACGAUAUCUGAAGACAACCCUGUACGGGUUGACGUCGGGGUCGCCAUCCUGCGUCAUUCUCAUUGUCGGUGGAAACGCCGGGCUCAUCGGCAUGUCCAAGGAGCAUCUGGCGAUAGCUCUGGCUUUGAGUGUGCCUGUGGUAGUCUGCAUAACCAAGAUUGACAUGACGCCGCCAAACAUUCUUGCCAAGACAGUCGAGCAGGUGUCGAAGAUCUUGCGUAGCCCAGGUUGCAGGAAAACGCCAGUCUUUGUGAAGUCCAUGGAGUGCGCCGUAGCUGUGUCCCAGGCUUUCGGAAAGGACCGAUUAGCACCGGUUUUCCAAUUAUCGAAUGUCACAGGCGACGGCCUGGACUACUUCCGGACCUUCCUCAAUUUGCUCCCGGCCAGCGAGAGCGACAAGGAGAAGUUUACGGCCGAUCAACCAUUAGAGUACUCGAUUACCGAGGUGUACUCCGUGCCGUACGUGGGCACCGUCGUCGAUGGUAUCAUCAACUCUGGGUCCAUCAAGGCUGGCGACGCUGUGCUCUUCGGCCCGGACUCGAACGGGAACUUCCACGCUACUACCGUCAAGACCAUUGAGCGUAAACGGGCGCGGGUGCAGAGCGCGGACGCGGGGCAGUGCGUAUCCUUCGCGCUCAAGCGCGUAAGACGUUCCGAAGUCCGGAAGGGCAUGGUGCUCGUGCACAAGACCGACACGCCGCCCAAAGCUGUACGUCAAUUCGAGGGACAGGUCCUCAUACUCUACCACAACACGACGCUGCAGCGCAACUACCAGGCCAUGCUGCACUGUGGGGCGGUGCGCCAGACGGUGCGGAUCAUCAGCAUGGACCACCCGCAGGGCAUCCUGCGCACGGGCGACCGCGCGACGGUCACAUUUGAAUUCAUCGCACAACCCGAGUACAUCAAGGAGGGCAUGAAGCUGCUCUUCCGCGAGGGGAAGACGAAGGGUCUCGGGGUCAUCACGCGAUUACUGUGA